GCCCAGCGUGUAUUUCCUAGCCCAUCCCUCUCCUCUCCAUCAGUGAAAACGCGCGAGGCUUCGGAUGCUGCGAUGCGUACCACCCACUGAUUCUCAUCUAUGGUGCCAACAGACGGACAUUACAGGAGAAAAACAACAAACGUCCUCCAUCACUGCUGUUCAGAUUAUCAGGCCUGUGGGUCGGCGUUGAUGUCUAAACGCUGCUAUGGCAAACAGAGGUCCGAGCUAUGGGCUCAGCCGUGAGGUCCAGGAGAAAAUAGACCAGAAGUAUGAUGCUGAGUUGGAAGCUCGACUGGUGAACUGGAUCCUGUUACAGUGUGGAGACGACCUGGAGCGACCGGAACCUGGCAAACAGAACUUCCAGAAAUGGCUAAUGAGUGGAACAAUUCUGUGCCGGCUCAUUAAUAGUCUGUACCCGAGUGGCAUGGAGCCAAUUAAGAAAAUUACAGAAACUAAAAUGGUCUUUAAACAAAUGGAGAAAAUCUCACAGUUUCUGAAGGCUACUGAGGAAUAUGGAGUCAACAGAGGAGACAUAUUUCAGACAGUUGAUCUCUAUGAAGGGAAGGACAUGGCCGCUGUCCAAAGAACACUCACAGCUCUGGGAAGUGAAGCUCUUACAAAAGACGACGGUCAUUAUCGUGGAGACAAAGACUGGUUUCAUAAGAAAGCUAAGGGACACAAGAGGGAGUUUUCAGAGGAGCAGCUGCGUCAGGGCAGGAGUUUAAUCGGUUUGCAGAUGGGAAGCAAUCGCGGAGCGUCUCAGUCCGGUAUGGUGGGUUACGGCACCCCCCGCCAGAUCAUGCGGUACGAUUCUCCUCGACAAAAUGGAGAUGAAAACAAUCCCUAAAUACUCCGGCCAGCUUUGAUUUAAAAUUAAACUGUCAAAUGUAAUAUUUCAGGUAAAGAAGCAAUGUGUACAUGUGUGUAUGGACCAGUUCAAAAGAUGUAAACAACACUGGUCCAGAAGCACUUCCUGUUUCCGUUUUUUAACACUAGAUAAACGUUGGGAUAAAAUAAACCAACAGAACAUAUAAACCUGAAUUAACUGAAGUUAAACAAACAUCUUAAAGAUAAUAAUAUAUGUAAAAUAAAAAAAUAACUGUCACAAACUGUAACAGGAAGUGUUUCUGGACCAGUGUUGUUUACAUCAUUUGAACUGGUCUAUAUGGUAGACAGUGCAACCGCUUACACCAAGCCUAUAGGUUUACAUAUAUUAUUGUUAUUCUCUUACUCACAAUGCACCAGUAAUCCCAGUCAGCAGUGGAUCAAGGCCAAAUACUCUGAGAUUCACUGCUAAUAUUAAAAGGCACCUAUUAUGCAAAAUCCAAUUUUGCAAGGUGGACAUAAAUGUGUAUUGGCAGUGUGUGAACACAACACCAUACAAUGAAAAAAACACCAUCCACCCUGUUUUAAUCCCUGUUAUACCAAAGCAGUGUCAUUAGACAUGCCAUUUUGAUUCUCUUGUUAAUGUGACGUCACACUGAUAAAGCCCCACCCAUAGCCACUGAUUGACAGUCCUGCAUUACCAUAGUUUCCCCCCUUAGCAAGUUUUACGCUGUCUUUCAAGAGUGAGAUACUAUUUUAAAUGAAAAUGCUCACUGUCUCUUUUUGUAAGGAAGCAAGGAGCUGUAGCUCAUUUGCAUUUAAAGGUACAGACACACACAAAAAAAAUUUUUGCUCCCACCCAAAUAGUGGCAUUUUGGCCAUGCUAUAAUAAAUGUUCUGUGGGGUAUUUUGAGUUGAACUUCACAGACACAAUCCGGGCACACCUGAGACUUAUAUUACAUCUUGUAAAAAUGGGCAUAAUAGGUGCCCUUUAAAUGUAUCACUAAACUUUAACUCUUUGUUAAAAAUGUGCAUUUCUCUAAACGUGUAGUUCUUUAUGAAUGGUUAGCUAAGAAAGAGGCUUUUCUUUAAGGUCAGAACUUUAGCCCUGUAAGCUGUAGAAUUAUUUAAAGGGAUAGUUCACCCAAAAAUGAAAAUUCUGUCAUCAUUUACUCACUCUCAUGUUGUUACAAACCUGUAUAAAAUUCUCUGUUCUGAUAAACACAAAAGAAUAUAUUUUGAGAAAGGUUUGUAACCAAACCAGUCGUGGAGCCCAUUUACUUCCAUAGUAUUCUUUUUUCCUACUAUGGAAGUAAAUGGGGUCCACGGCCGGUUUGGUUACAAAUUUAUACAGGUUUGUAACAACAUGAGAGUGAUUAAAUGAUGACAGAAUUUUCAUUUUUGGGUUAACUAUCCCUUUAAUAGAGAAGCCUUUUUGAUACAAAAGCCAUCUUAAACCAAUCAGUAUCUUUUGGAGUGUCAUGUUAUACUAUUUAAAUUUAAUUAUAAAUGUACUCAAGGUGUAAGUUGUUUAUGGUUGACUUGAUACGGUAUUAUCAAAUAUACAGUAAUUACUGUAACAGAAUGCACACAUGACACAAAUAUUGUCUCUUCACCAAAUAUCGAUGUAGUCCAUAUUUUUUUCUGAUGUCACUGAAGUGAACUGAUGUGAUAUAGGAGUGUUGCUGUAUAAUCACUGUACAAAAUCAAUUGUGGUAUUUAUUUAGUGUCAAUUAAAUGCAUCUAUUUUUAAACUAUUUAUUGGAUUAACUAACGUAUGUAAAGUUAUUUAAAUGUGCAUCUAAAUCUAUGAUUGUAUUAUAGAUUAUAACACAUUAUUAUGUUACAUACUUCUGACUAACACAUACUGUACUGUCACAGGUUACACAUACUUUUCAGUUUAGAUGACUGUGAGGUACUGAGCCCCUAAGGUGACAUUGGAGUAAAAAAAUCAAAAGUUUAAAUUGUAAAAAAAUUCCGUAGAAAUUGCAGCUGGGUUGCCGGUAAUUUACCGUAGAUUAAAAUUUAUGUUUUUUACUGGCAACAUUUUGUUCAAAGUUAAAUGAACAUUAAACAUUUACAAGUCUUUGUCUUUACAGAGGAAAACUUAAAAAAGCAUCAAGCAAAACAUUCUGGGAAACAAAAUCUGAAGCAAAAGGUUGAUGAUGAUUUCUGGUUCCCAGAAUGCUUUGCGUGAGGCUGUUAUUGUAUAGUUUUAUUCUGUAAAGAUAAAGACUUGUUAAUAUUUAAAAUGUAUUUAACUUUGAACAAACUCUUGCCAGUAAAUAACAUAAAUUUAAAUCUACAGUAAAUUACCGGCAACCCAGCUGCAAUAACAUUGUAAUUUUUACGGAUUUUUUUUACAGUGUAGUUUCAUGUGCUCACAUGAAACUUUCAUGAGCUCACGCGAAAUCUUCAUGUGCAGAAUUUUUUUUUAGUUUAGUCGCGCGCACGUGAAACUAUCGUGUGCGCACGUGAAAGUUUCCUGUGCGCACGCGAAACUAACCGCGGUAGUUUCACGUGCACACGCAAAGCUAAACUUUAUUUAAUUUGCUCCAUGUCCCCUUAGGGGCUCCGUAGUGAGGAGAUGAAAUAUUUAGUUAUUUAUAUUUAACGUUUCUUGUUUUUACUGUUGUGCUUUGAUUUUGAAUGUACCCAUUUUCUUUUCAUUUCCUUCAAAAUGAGUUUUCAUCUAUUAAUUAAUUAGUUUCAGUUGUUUUGUUUCAUGUAAAAUUACAGAAAAUGUACAUUUCUGGAUGCAAAACCAUGCAUUUUGACAAUACAGUUUGGCUGCAUAUGAAUGAAUGAGCAGUUUAAUGGAAAGCAACUAAACAAUACAGCAUACUAAAAUACAGCCAACAUUGUCAUAUCGGUAACACUUUACAAUAAGGUGUAUUUGUUAACAUUAGUAAAUGUAUUUGCUAACAUGAAAUAACAAUGAGCAAUAUAGUUUUUUAGCAUUUAUUAUUCUUUGUUGAUUUUAGUUAAUGGCAAAAUAAUUGUUCAUGUUAGUUCAUUGUGCAUUAACUAAUGUUAUCAGUUACAAGUUUUGAUUUACAAUUUUUUUACAAAAAGGUAUUGUUUAUGUUAGCUAAUGCAUUAACUACUGUUAACAAAUUCAACCUUAUUAUAAAGUGUUACCAUUAUUUCUGACCAUUUCCAGCCGCCUUGAUUUCAAGUAGAAGAAUAAAAAAGAAAAUCUCAAGAACUUUCAAAGUAGGCCAGAAACAUAAAAAUGUGGUCAAUUUAAAAUUCAUGUAAGCAAAAAAUGGUAGUCAAUGUUAUGAUGUCACACCGACACAGCUGUGACAUCACAUACCCUUAUUUAGAGUCGUGCAUCACUUGAUAUUGUAAUCUGUCCAUAUUAGGGUUAUAAAAAACAUGCACACUGUGAUACACAGAUAAGAGUAAACAUACCUGACAUCACAAAUACUAUUUUUACAAUUUUUUUCUACAAACAAGUUUAUUUCAAGAGCUUACGGUCACACUCUCAUUCAGAUGUACUUGUACAAUUUCAUCUUCUUCACCGAUUCACAUCCAAACCUCACCAUGUCUUCACGAUUCUGUUUCACACUCAAAAUGCUUCAAAAACAAACAUAUAAAUGGUAACCAUACAGAAGUAAAACCAAAUAAAAAAACAAAUGACAAAUCAAA